AUAACCAUUUUGGCACUUUCAUCUGAUCCCUUCCUUUAAUCCUUACCCACUUUCAAUUCACUUUCAUCUUUUUUUUUUUUCCCUAUUUCAUAUCUUAAUUUAACACUUUCUCUCUCCUAUUUUUUCUCUCUAUUCUUCACAUUUGCAGAAAAAUGAAGUGAGAGAAGUUUUAUUGCUUUAUCUCACAUCAAGCAAUCUUCAAUGGCGUCGAAAAACUCAGAGAGAGUUGAGUUAGCGAAGCUAUGCAGUUCGCGGAACUGGUCCAAAGCUAUUCGCAUUCUUGAUUCUCUUCUUGCUCGUUCUUCUACUAUUCAAGACCUUUGCAAUCGAGCGUUCUGUUAUGGUCAAUUGGAGCUUCAUAAACAUGUGAUUAAGGAUUGCGAUCGUGCGCUUGAACUUGAUCCUUGCCUUCUUCAAGCUUACGUUUUCAAAGGGCAUGCAUAUUCUGCAUUGGGAAGGAAAAAUGAUGCUGUGUUAGUUUGGAAGCAAGGUUAUGACCUUGCCCUUAAUCAGUCAGCAGACUUGAAACAAUUGUUAGAAUUGGAAGACUUGCUUGUAAAGGAAAAUGCAAAUGAAAAUGUCAAUCAAGAAGAGCAUACUAAUGGGUCAUCUGCACCAUUAAUAGUCUCAGAAGGACAUAGUAUAUGUGAAACUGAAACUGCAAAGGAGGCCAAUAAGUUGAGGGAUGACUCUGAAACCAGCAAUGAAUCUGACCAUAUGUCUGAGGUCCAGAGCAAAUUGCUUAAUGAAUCUCAUCUGCAGAAUGGGUCAGUGGAGAAAAAGAAGGAAACUAAGAAAUUCGAAAGCAAACCAAAUGGUACUUAUAAGAAAUUGAGCAGUGAGUUAGAAUCACUCAAUAAACCAAGUGAGGAGCUACGCAGUAAAGUUAGCACAUCUAAGGCUUCCAACAAGCUCAAGAGUAAGAAUUCUGAAGAAUUUGAGUGGAGUGGUGCUGUGAAGAAGAACCAGAAAGUUUGUGUUGCUCGGAUUUCAAAAACAAAAUCUAUAAGCUUAGACUUCCGGUUAUCGAGAGGGAUAGCAGAGGUUAAUGAGGGAAGAUACACGUAUGCAAUAUCAAUAUUUGACCAGAUACUGAAAGAGGAUCCAAAUUAUCCAGAGGCAUUAAUUGGAAGAGGGACAGCAUAUGCUUUCCAACGAGAACUUGAUGCAGCAAUUGCUGAUUUUACCAAGGCUAUAGAAACAAACCCAUCUGCUGGUGAGGCAUGGAAACGUAGAGGGCAAGCUCGAGCUGCUUUAGGAGAUUCUGCUGGGGCUAUUGAUGACUUGUCCAAGGCACUGGAGUUUGAGCCUAAUUCUGCCGAUAUACUGCAUGAAAGGGGUAUUGUUAAUUUCAAGUUCAAGGAUUUUGGUGCAGCUGUUAAAGACCUUUCUACUUGUGUUAAGAUUGAUAAGGAAAAUAAGUCUGCAUAUACGUAUUUGGGCCUGUCCUUGUCAUCAAUUGGUGAGUACAAGAGAGCAGAGGAGUCACAUAUGAAAGCACUCCAAUUUGACCAUGAUUUCCUGGAGGCUUGGACUCAUCUAACCCAGCUUUAUCAAGAUUUGGCAAAUACAACAAAAGCUUUUGACUGCCUCAAACGAGCUCUAGAAAUUGAUGGGCGGUAUGCAAAAGCUUAUUACCUGCGUGGACUCCUUCAUCAUGGAAUGGGAGACCACAGAAAUUCUAUCAAGGAUUUAUCCAUGGCGCUCAGUCUUGAGAGCUCUAACGUGGAGUGCCUGUAUUUAAGGGCUUCCUGUCACCAUGCCUUAGGACAGUUCAAAGAAGCGGUCAAAGACUAUGAUGCUGCUUUAGAUUUGGAAUUAGACUCUAUGGAGAAGUUUGUGCUUCAGUGCCUUGCUUUUUACCAGAAGGAAAUUGCUCUCUAUACAGCAUCAAAAAUUAACAGUGAGUUUUGCUGGUUCGACAUUGAUGGUGACAUUGAUCCCCUCUUUAAGGAGUACUGGUGCAAAAGAUUGCACCCCAAGGAUGUAUGUGAAAAGGUCUAUAGGCAACCAACAUUGAGGGACUCCCUGAAAAAGGGUAAGCUCAGAAAGCAAGAGUUUUCUAUGACAAAGCAGAAGACUGCUCUUAUUAUUGCUGCAGAUUCCGUUGGACAAAGGAUCCAAUACAACUCUGCAGGAUUCUUGCCCAAUAGGCGUCAGCAUCGUAUGGCGGGAUUGGCUGCAAUUGAGAUAGCCCAAAAAGUUUCAAGGGCCUGGCGAGCUUUGCUAGCAGAAUUGAAGAAUACUGGUAAAGGUACCGGAAGAAAUGGCAGGAGAGCUCGGAGAAAAGAAGCUGUAAAUAUGCCCAGUCAAAAUAGAGGUGGUCCUGGUUGUAGUACAAGUAGCUCGCCAGAUACUUCAACUGCAUAUGGCAAUUUGGAAGAUAGACCAUCUGCUCGAGCUAUGAUGUCUUGGCAAGAUGUGUACUCCUUGGCUGUAAAGUGGAGACAAAUUUCAGAACCUUGUGAUCCUGUUGUAUGGAUUAACAAGUUAAGUGAAGAGUUCAAUGCUGGUUUUGGGUCUCAUACUCCACUUAUACUAGGACAAGCAAGAGUUGUCCGCUAUUUCCCUAACUUUCACAGAACUUUAAAUGCUGCCAAGGCUGCAAUAAAGGAAAAGAAGUAUGCAUGCAGCAAAGCUGAUGUUGUUAUUAACUUAUCUGAUGAUGGCAAGUUGCAAGAUAUUAUGCGUGCUGAUUCCUGCUCUGAUCUACAUAAAACUGUUGGUGAAGACUUCUGGGUAUCUACUUGGUGCAACAGUAUGGCAAUUGAGGGAAAGCAAUUGGAGGGGACAAGAAUCACCCUGUUGAAAACGGGAGAACGCGGAUUUGAUUUUGCAAUAAGAACACCUUGUACACCUGCUAGGUGGAACGAGUUCGAUACUGAAAUGGCAAUGGCAUGGGAGGCUCUGUGCAAUGCUUAUUGUGGGGAGGCUUACGGGUCUACCGAUUUCAACGCCCUUGAAAAUGUCAGAGAUGCAAUUUUAAGGAUUGCUUACUACUGGUAUAAUUUCAUGCCACUAUCCAGGGGCUCUGCUGUGGUUGGAUUCGUAGUUCUACUUGGAUUAUGUCUUGCAGCAAAUAUGGAGUUCUCAGGUAGCAUCCCAGAAGGCAUGCAGAUUGACUGGGAAGCUAUCCUUACUUUUGAUCCAGAUUCCUUUGUGGAGUCUGUAAAGAAAUGGUUGUAUCCCAGUCUUAAAGUGACAACAUCUUGGAAAGACUACCCAGAUGUUGCAUCGACCUUUUCAACUACUGGAUCUGUCGUAGCAGCUCUCAGCUCUUACAAUAACUGAAAUCUUCUCAUGUCCAAACAGUGAUAUUGCUGUUGGUGACGUGAUGUUUAAUUGUUGAUCGGUGUCAGCUGCUGUGGCAUGGAACCUUACGGCGGAAAGAAGAGCCGUAGUUUAAAGUUAAUGUGAAGCACACAAUCAUUGCUAACCUGAUGAUUUUAACUGUUGUAUGUUGUAUAUUAGUUUUUCUUAUUUUGACAUGUUCUGUCAAUCACACCAUUUUCCUCACUAAAUUUCAUAUCUAUUCUUUAGGGAUAGUUUGUCCAAUAAUAUAAGCUUUGUAUAGGAAAAAUAAGUUUCCUUUGUUCCUUAGAUUAAAUUUGUGUUGUAAACAAUAAAAAUAUCUUUUCUUCUUUUUGAGUGGGAAAAAUACAAUUAUCUGACA